CAACUGCUUCCCUCUGUUCUCAUCUCCCCAUUGGUGGCUUCCAACCCGAAUUUGGGAAUGGGGAGCUCGCCCACCUGUUAUCUCGGAGCACACUAAUCUCUUGGGUAAUUCAUUCGACUUCGGAGUCCUUUUCAUUCUUCUGAACGAUUUCAAGUCCUCUAGAAGCCAAAAUGGGACACAGUAAGCAGAUUAGAAUCUUACUUCUGAACGAAAUGGAAAAGCUGGAAAAGACCCUCUUCAGACUUGAACAAGGGUUCGAGCUACAGUUCCGAUUAGGCCCCACUUUACAGGGAAAAGCAGUUACUGUGUACACAAAUUACCCAUUUCCCGGAGAAACAUUUAAUCGAGAAAAAUUCCGUUCCCUGGAAUGGGAAAACCCAACAGAAAGAGAAGAUGAUUCUGAUAAAUACUGUAAACUUAAUCUUCAGCAAGCUGGAUCAUUUCAGUAUUACUUCCUUCAAGGAAAUGAGAAAAGUGGUGGGGGUUACAUAGUUGUGGAUCCUAUUUUAUAUGUUGGUGCUGAUAAUCACGUAUUACCCUUGGACUGUGUUACUCUCCAGACAUUUUUAGCUAAGUGUUUGGGACCCUUUGAUGAAUGGGAAAGCAGACUUAGAGUUGCAAAAGAAUCAGGUUACAACAUGAUUCAUUUUACCCCAUUACAGACUCUUGGGCUAUCUAGAUCAUGCUAUUCUCUUGCCAACCAGUUAGAAUUAAAUCCUGACUUUUCAAGACCUAAUAAAAAAUAUACCUGGAGUGAUGUUGGGCAACUAGUGGAAAAAAUGAAAAAGGAAUGGAAUGUUCUUUGUAUUACUGAUGUUGUCUACAACCAUACUGCUGCUAAUAGUAAAUGGAUCCAGGAACAUCCAGAAAGUGCAUAUAACCUUGUAAAUUCUCCACACUUAAAACCUGCCUGGGUCUUAGACAGAGCACUGUGGCAUUUAUCAUGUGACGUUGCAGAAGGGAAAUACAAAGAAAAAGGAGUACCUGCUUUGAUUGAAAAUGAUCAUCAAAUGAAUUGCAUUCGAAAAAUAAUUUGGGAGGAUAUUUUUCCAAAGAUUCAACUCUGGGAAUUUUUCCAAGUAGACGUUUACAAAGCAGUUGAGCAAUUUAGAAGACUUCUUACACAAGAAAAUAGGAAAAUAACAACCAAGCCUGAUCCAAAGGAACACCUUAAGAUUAUUCAGGAUCCUGAAUACAGAAGACUUGGCUGCACUGUAGAUAUGAACAUUGCACUAGCAACUUUCAUACCACAUGACAAGGGCCCAGCUGCAAUCGAUGAAUGCUGUAAUUGGUUCCGUAAGAGAAUUGAGGAAUUAAAUUCAGAGAAGCAUCAACUCGUGAAUUAUCAUCAGGAACAGGCAGUUAAUUGCCUUUUGGGAAAUGUGUUUUAUGAACGAAUGGCUGGCCACGGUCCUAAAUUAGGACCUGUCACUAGAAAACAUCCAUUAGUUACCAGAUAUUUUACGUUCCCAUUUGAAGAAAUGACCGUCUCCACAGAAGAGUCUAUGAUUCAUAACCCAAAUAAAGCUUGUUUUCUGAUGGCCCAUAAUGGAUGGGUAAUGGGAGAUGAUCCCCUUCGAAACUUUGCUGAACCAGGUUCAGAAGUUUACCUAAGGAGAGAGCUUAUUUGCUGGGGAGACAGUGUUAAAUUACGCUAUGGGAAUAAACCAGAGGACUGUCCUUAUCUCUGGGCACACAUGAAAAAAUACACUGAAAUAACUGCAACCUAUUUCCAGGGAGUACGUCUUGAUAACUGCCACUCAACGCCUCUUCAUGUAGCUGAGUACAUGUUGGAUGCUGCUAGGAAAUUGCAACCCAAUUUGUAUGUAGUAGCUGAACUGUUCACAGGAAGCGAAGACCUGGACAACAUCUUUGUUACUAGACUUGGCAUUAGUUCCCUAAUAAGAGAGGCAAUGAGUGCAUAUAAUAGCCAUGAAGAGGGCAGAUUAGUUUACAGAUAUGGAGGAGAACCUGUUGGAUCCUUUGUUCAGCCCUGUUUGAGGCCACUAAUGCCAGCUAUUGCACAUGCUCUGUUUAUGGAUAUUACCCACGAUAAUGAGUGUCCUAUUGUGCAUAGGUCAGAAUAUGAUGCUCUCCCAAGUACCACGAUUGUUUCUAUGGCAUGUUGUGCUAGUGGAAGUACUAAAGGCUAUGAUGAAUUAGUGCCUCAUCAGAUUUCAGUGGUUUCUGAAGAACGGUUUUAUACUAAGUGGAAUCCUGGAGCAUCUCCAUCAAAUACAGGUGAAGUUAAUUUCCAAAGUGGAAUUAUUGCAGCCAGAUGUGCUAUCAAUAAACUUCAUCAGGAGCUUGGGGCCCAGGGUUUCAUUCAGGUGUAUGUGGAUCAAGUUGAUGAAGACAUUGUGGCAGUAACAAGACAUUCACCCAGUAUCCAUCAGUCUGUUGUGUCUGUGUCUAGAACUGCUUUCAGGAAUCCUAAGACUUCAUUUUACAGCAAGGAAGUGCCUCAAAUGUGCAUCCCUGGCAAAAUUGAAGAAGUAGUUCUUGAAGCUAGAACUAUUGAGAGAAAUACAAAACCUUAUCAGAAGGAUAAGAAUUCGAUCAAUGGAAUGCCAAAUAUCACAGUAGAAAUUAGAGAACAUAUUCAGCUUAGUGAAAGUAAAAUUGUUAAGCAAGCUGGAGUUGCCACAAAAGGACCCAAUGAAUAUAUUCAAGAAAUAGAAUUUGAAAACUUGUCUCCAGGAAGUGUCAUUAUAUUCAGAGUUAGUCUUGAUCCACAUGCACAAGUCGCUGUUGGAAUUCUUCGAAAUCAUCUGACACAGUUUAGUCCUCACUUUAAAUCUGGAAGCCUUGCUGUUGAAAACUCAGAUCCUAUAUUAAAAAUUCCUUUUGCUUUUAUUGCCUCAAAAUUAACUUUGGCUGAGCUGAAUCAGGUACUUUACCGAUGUGAAGCAGAAGAACAAGAAGAUGGUGGAGGCUGUUAUGACAUACCAAACUGGUCAUCUCUUAAAUAUGCAGGUCUCCAAGGGUUAAUGUCCGUCUUGGCAGAAAUAAGGCCAAAGAAUGACUUGGGGCAUCCCUUUUGUGAUAAUUUGAGAUCUGGAGAUUGGAUGAUUGACUAUGUCAGUAACCGGCUUAUCUCUCGAUCAGGAACUAUUGCAGAAGUUGGUAAAUGGUUCCAGGCUAUGUUCUUCUACCUGAAGCAAAUCCCACGUUAUCUUAUCCCAUGUUAUUUUGAUGCUAUAUUAAUUGGUGCAUACACCACUCUUCUGGAUAUAGCAUGGAAGCAGAUGUCAAGCUUUGUUCAGAAUGGUUCUACCUUUGUGAAACACCUUUCACUGGGAUCAGUGCAAAUGUGUGGAGUAGGAAAGUGCCCUUCUCUGCCACUUCUUUCACCUUCACUUAUGGAUGUACCAUAUAGGCUAAAUGAGAUCACAAAAGAAAAGGAGCAAUGUUGUGUGUCUCUAGCUGCAGGCUUACCUCAUUUUUCUUCUGGUAUUUUCCGCUGUUGGGGAAGGGAUACUUUUAUUGCACUGAGAGGUCUACUGCUGAUUACUGGACGCUAUUUAGAGGCCAGGAAUAUUAUUUUAGCAUUUGCUGGUACCCUGAGACACGGUCUCAUUCCUAAUCUCCUGGGUGAAGGAACUUAUGCCAGAUACAAUUGCCGGGAUGCUGUGUGGUGGUGGCUACAGUGUAUUCAGGAUUACUGUAAAAUGGUUCCAAAUGGCCUAGACAUUCUCAAGUGCCCAGUUUCCAGAAUGUAUCCUACAGAUGAUUCUGUUCCUUUGUCUGCCGGCACACUGGAUCAACCACUGUUUGAAGUAAUACAGGAAGUCAUGCAAAGACACAUACAGGGCAUACAAUUCCGAGAGAGGAAUGCUGGUCCACAAAUAGACCGAAACAUGAAGGACGAAGGCUUUAAUAUAACUGCAGGGGUUGACGAAGAAACAGGAUUUGUUUAUGGAGGAAAUCGCUUAAACUGUGGCACAUGGAUGGAUAAAAUGGGAGAAAGUGAUAGAGCUAGAAACAGAGGAAUCCCAGCCACUCCAAGAGAUGGGUCUGCUGUGGAAAUUGUGGGCCUGAGUAAAUCUACUGUCCGCUGGUUGCUGGAAUUAUCCAAAAAAAGAAUUUUCCCUUAUCAUGAAGUCAGAGUAAAAAGACAUGGAAAGGUUGUGACAAUCUCAUAUGAUGAGUGGAACAAAAAAAUACAAGACAACUUUGAAAAGCUAUUUCAUGUGUCAGAAGACCCUUCAGAUUUUAAUGAAAAGCAUCCUAACCUGGUUCACAAACGUGGCAUAUACAAAGAUAGUUAUGGAGCUUCCAGCCCUUGGUGUGACUAUCAGCUCAGGCCUAAUUUUACCAUAGCAAUGGUUGUGGCCCCUGAGCUCUUUACUGCAGAGAAAGCAUGGAAAGCUCUGGAGAUUGCAGAAAAAAAGCUGCUUGGUCCCCUAGGCAUGAAAACUUUGGAUCCAGACGAUAUGGUUUAUUGUGGAAUUUAUGACAAUGCCUUAGACAAUGACAACUACAAUCUUGCUAAAGGUUUCAAUUAUCACCAAGGACCUGAGUGGCUGUGGCCCGUUGGGUAUUUUCUUCGUGCAAAAUUAUAUUUUUCUAAAUUGAUGGGUCCAGAGGCCAAUGCCAAGACUGUGUUUUUGGUUAAAAACAUUCUUUCCCGACAUUAUGUUCAUCUUGAGAGAUCCCCUUGGAAAGGACUUCCUGAACUGACCAAUGAGAAUGGCCAAUACUGUCCUUUCAGCUGUGAAACACAAGCCUGGUCAAUCGCUACUGUUCUUGAAACACUCUAUGACUUAUAGUUGAUUCAUGAAUAUGUAUUAAGUAUACAAUCACUUAUAUUAUGGAAUGCAAGGUCAAAAUAUAAUGUAAAUGCUUUAUAUGCACAGACUUGAGUCAUU